CCACUGGAACUUCACUUCAGUCCAACAGAUCAAGUAAUCAGCAUGAUGAAGUGGCUCGUCGUCCUGUCAGCCCUUGUGGCUUUCUCCGAAUGCUUCCACAGGAUGCCCCUGAUCAAGGGAAAGUCUGCCAGGGAAUACCUGGAGGAGAGAGGAAUGUGGGAGCAGGUCAGGCAGCAGUUCCCAUACCGUCCAAUGGCCAAGUUCGUCCAGACUGGUACUCAGUCAAUGACCAACGAUGCUGACCUAGCCUACUAUGGCGUGAUCUCUAUCGGUACCCCUCCUCAGUCCUUCUCGGUUGUCUUUGACACCGGCUCCUCUAACCUGUGGAUCCCUUCAAUCUGGUGCACCAGCCCGGCCUGUCAGAACCACCAGAAAUACAACCCUUUCAAGUCCUCUACCUAUGUUUGGAAUGGUGAGGCUCUGUCCAUCUAUUACGGAACUGGCAGCAUGACCGGAAAACUGGUCAGCGACACUGUUGAGGUUGGCGGCAUCUCUGUGGCCAAACAGGUGUUUGGUGUUAGCGAAACAGAGGCUCAAUUCAUGGCUUACAUGAAGGCUGAUGGUAUCCUGGGACUGGCCUUCCAGUCUCUUGCCUCUGACAAUGUUGUGCCUGUCUUUGACAACAUGGUCAGUGAGGGACUGUUGCCUCAGCCCAUGUUCUCCGUCUACCUGAGCCGCAACAGUGAGCAGGGCAGUGAGGUGGUCUUUGGUGGUCUUGACUCCAGCCACUACACUGGACCAGUCACCUGGAUCCCUCUGACCUCUGCUACCUACUGGCAGAUUAAAAUGGACAGUGUUACCAUCAAUGGACAGACUGUUGCCUGCUCUGGUGGCUGCCAGGCCAUCAUUGACACUGGCACCUCCCUGAUUGUUGGCCCAACCAGCGACAUCAACAACAUGAAUUCCUGGGUUGGAGCUUCAACCGGCCAGUAUGGAGAAGCUACAGUGAACUGCCAGAACAUCCAGACCAUGCCUGAUGUCACCUUCACUCUCAAUGGUCAUGCCUUCACCGUCCCUGCAUCUGCCUACGUCUCUCAGAGCUCCUACGGUUGCAGGACUGGCUUUGGCCAGGAGGGCACUCAACAGCUCUGGAUCCUGGGAGAUGUCUUCAUCAGGGAAUACUACGCCAUCUUUGAUACUCAGAACCAGAUGGUUGGUCUGGCACAGUCUGUGUAA